AUGCAGAAGUUGGUUAGCGGUCUGCGUCCUCUCAUUUUGCCCUAUCCCAAUGAUUUCAUGGGUGGCAUCUUCGAACACACCGUCCUCUCUCCACUAGUCGAUCCUGAAAAACUCCUGCAAAACGUUGACAUUCAUCGCCUGCAUAACAUCAUCUACCGGGAUGAGGAGGAGACGAAGCAGGUUCAAUUUGUGACGCUCGCAGUUGUCUACUUCCUCUCCGUGCUCAUGGUCUCCAGGUAUCGCGAUCUACUUGAUCCAGCUCACCCACUAGUUGAGCAGACGAGGCGGACGUCGUCCGAUAAAUCAGAUCCUGCACCAUCGGAAACUACUCAGGUCACCUCACCGGGAUCUUGGCGCCUGGGCACCUGUGCACCCUCUCUCCCACCACCCAAGGCCCCAGCCAAGGAGGAGCAGCAACUGCCUUCGGAGGAGCAAACUUCAAAAGCAGAUACAGAAGGUGGCGCAGCUGCCGAGACCAGCGACAAUCACUCCUUACAAGAGGGCAAUAAUGCCACGGCGCAUGGCAGUCGCUCUGAGUCUUGCUCUUCCGAGGACGACGCUGAUACUGAAGGCGCCAAUUAUGGUGAUGAGGCAGAUGACGACGACGAAGAGGAAUCAGCUGCGACUUCUCUCGGAGCAACUGAUUCAGGCCACAACAUU